AUGACAGCUUCUUCGGGUCUCACGAUUGUGAUCAAGUUAGGAACAAGCUCGAUUGUGGACGAAAAAACCCACGAACCGAUCCUAUCAAUUUUGACAUUAAUUGUGGAAACAGUGACUCGGUUGCACCGAGAUGGCCACCGAGUCGUCCUGGUGUCAUCCGGCGCGGUGGGGGUCGGUCUGCGCAGGAUGGACGUGACUGAGCGUCCCAAACAUCUGCCUCGAAUACAGGCACUUGCUGCUGUUGGUCAAUGCCGACUAAUGAGUCUGUGGGAUAACCUAUUCUCGCAUCUCCGAGUCGCAGUGGCCCAGAUUCUUUUGACGAGAAACGAUAUUGCAGAUAGAACCCAAUACGUCAAUGCCCAAAAUACAUUCGAGCAAUUAUUCGAUAUGGGUGUAGUACCCAUUGUGAACGAAAAUGAUACCCUGGCUGUUUCUGAAAUUAAAUUUGGCGACAACGAUACCCUUUCAGCAAUUACCGCGGCGAUGGUCAAGGCCGACUACCUCUUUUUGAUGACCGACGUCGAUUGUCUCUACACUGCCAACCCGCGUACCAACCCCGACGCAGAACCGAUCGAGGUGGUUUCCGAUAUUUCCUCGCUCGAGGCUGAUGUCUCGUCCGCAGGCUCAGCUUUGGGAACUGGCGGCAUGGGCACAAAGAUUGUGGCUGCAAAACUGGGGACCAGUGCUGGCGUGACAACUAUUAUCACCAAGAGUUCCAAACCAGGCAAUGUUCACGAGAUUGUAAAGUACUUGCAACGACUCCAGGAGAACUCCACAGCGGCCGCCAGUGGUGCGGAUACCUCAACGCUGGAGGUUCCAACAGCACCUCUCCAUACUCGAUUCCUCCCCUCAGAUACCCCGAUCCAGUCUCGAACAUUCUGGUUGCUCCACGGACUCAAUCCACACGGGACUCUCUACAUCGACCACGGGGCCUACCAUGCACUGAUGAACAAGGCCAAUCUUCUCCCUGCUGGGGUGAUCGGGGUGGAAGGCCACUUUGGACAACAGGAAGCAGUGCGCUUGGUGGUGGUUGAGCGACCCUCUGCAGAUGCACUGAAUGGAGAUUUCCUUCACCACGCGCACGAGCCCAAGGAAGUGGGGCGCGCUCUGGUCAACUAUGGGAGCAUUGAAAUUGCUCAUAUCAUGGGUCAUCGAAGCACACAAAUCGAGUCGUUGCUAGGCUACGCCGACAGUGACUAUGUGGCUGUCCGAGAGAACAUCUCCUUCCACCCAGAAGACCGGCACAGUCAUCCGGUCACUCCAGCCUUGACACCUGCGCUCGAGGAAUGGAAGUCUGGGUAA